AUGCACCGCUCGCAGCGCAGCGCAGCGGACAGGCGCCGCGCGCACGCACCGUCCGCCCCCGCCGCCCCCACCGCCCCCAGGCGCGGCCGCCUCCAGCGCGCAGUGUUGCGCCGGGGCCCGCCGCGCGCGCACGCACCGCCCGCCUCUGGUGCUGCCUCCCAUACUCCGUCACGAAGCGGGCGCCGCCAACUCCCUCCGUCCUUUGGCGGCGGCGGCGUGCCGCCCGCCGUAAAUGGAACACGCCGGGUGGGCCCCGGCAGCCCGACUAAUCAAACACGGCCAAGUCCGGCGCCACGCGGCCAGCCGGGCCACCGCCAUAUUACUGCCAUCCCUACCUGCUCGCUGGACCGCGGCCCGCCCACUGAGUACACAAGAGUUGCCCUCGCAGUCUGCAGCCAGGGCCCGCCGGAACGCUCUUGCUGCCCGCCACAGUCCGCACCUCAGGUGCCGCAGUGUUGA